UUUCAAACACUUUUUCCCAACAGCCGGCAUAGUUUGUCCGGGCGAUCUACCCAAUCGAUACCCGGCAUCCGGUCGGACUACAAUGUUGUGGAGAGCUUUGGUUUUCCCCUGCCCGUCGUAGUGAACGAGGCCUUGACCUUUGUGGGAUCUGCUGCAGGAGCCGUUUCUGCGAAGGUUGCCCAAAAUGGCUGGGCUUGGGUUGUGCACGGUCGCCGACUUUUAAUUUGGCAGUACAAAGAGACGUCCAAGGUGCCAAGCAACCUAGACGGGGAGGUGGCUUGUCCAAUGCCGCGAACUACAACUGCCCUACUCCGAUUUAGGGUACAACAGUGA